ACCAUGGUAGUGAGAUUUACUUUAAUAUUUUUAGCUCCAAACGGACUCGGAGAUCGAUUGCCACUUAUGGCAGGAAGCUGCAGCAGUUGUAGAAGUUAUAAUUGUUUGGAAAUAUUACUCAUGGUAAGUGAGAGGUGCAUUCCAGCAAGAGGCAUACCUAAUGAGGACAUGUUGGUUAGACUACUGACAAGAGACGGGGCUGAUGUUCUGCAGUUAUUAUAGUCGGAGAAAGUGCGUAGUGUGUAAGAUGUGUUCUGACAUUCAUUGAACGCGAAAUAUAAGUGAGUGAGAAGCUAAAUUUCGUGCGUACAGCUAGCUAUGAGCAUUUUAUUAGUUUAUCUGUGAACCCAAAGAUUAAUGAAAACUUGAGGCGUGCUGCCAUCUGUGUUGUCAAUGUUGUUAGGUUUAACUAGCACCAUGGGUAGACUGACGAACUUUGAUAUUGAAAUAAUAAUCAUUAAAAUGUGUGUUUUAUGAAGUUAUUGUGAUUGCGAGUAUUUAAGUGAUGUGAAGUAAAUUUUAUUUACAACUACAAUGAAAAAAGGAACUGUGUGACGGGUGCAGUGUCAAUGUUUACAUCUAUCCGUGCUAGGUUGCAUCCAUUGAAGACAAUCUGCUCAAAAACCAAUAUGCCAAUUUUAUGUUCUUUUUCUUUUGAAUGAAUUGUGAUUGGACUAGGAAACACUGUGUGACAUGGUUCUGCGUCAGCUACAUCAUGAAUUGAUAGUUUUACGUUUAUAUACAUGAUUUGAUCCAAUCACAAUUGCAUUGCCAGUAAAUUAGGCAGAAAUGUAAUGGUGAUGGCGACACUUCGGUGGAGGUCUUUUUCAUAUUAGUGUACUUAGUCAGAAUGUCACAGCGAGGCAAACGUCAGCCAAACAGAUCUGAUGAUGGUGCGGCGCCAGCGAAACGUCGUAAGGUGCGGACGGCGGCGGAGGAGGAAGAAGCGGCGGCGUUGGCAGGUUGGACGCCACGACCUCUUAAUGACCUCAAGAUCUCGAGCAUCUACAACCGGAGUGCCACCGAAGCACCAGCUGAAUUGUUCCGAAAAGACUUGAUCAGUGCAAUGAAGCUGCCUGACUCGGAACCAUUAUCUCCUGAUGAAUACUGGGUAAUAACAGAUCAGUGGAAGCAAGAAUGGGAGAGAGGUGUACAAGUACCUGUGAACCCAGACUCCCUACCUGAACCUACAGUCUCCAUCAACCGCUGUGCUCCUGUUGUUAAAUCACAUCAUGACUUUAAACUUCCAAAGAAAUACAUCCGUAUCACAAAGGAUGAAUUCCUAUCAAGUGAUGAAUAUUACUUGUCUAACACUCCAACAAAAGCAGAGAAAGCAUGUUCGUAUGAUUUGGAUGACUGUGAUGUCGCAUGGUUACAACUUCUCAAUGGAGAAAGAGCAGCCAUGGGCUUGCAACCAGUAACUGAAGAUCAGUUGGAGCGAGUCAUUGAAGAACUUGAAGUACGCUGCUGGGAAAAGAUACAAACCAUUGUUAAAACUGAGGAGGGCCUUGGUAUAGAAUAUGACGAAAAUGUCAUCUGUGAUGUUUGCAGAUCGCCGGACUCGGAGGAAGGCAACGAGAUGGUGUUCUGCGACAUGUGCAACAUCUGCGUUCACCAAGCGUGCUACGGCAUCACGGCGAUUCCUGCUGGCUCGUGGCUGUGUCGAACUUGUGCCCUGGGACUACGACCAGAGUGUGUACUGUGUCCUAAUAAAGGUGGUGCUAUGAAGUGUACACGUUCCGGUCAGAAGUGGGCACACGUAUCCUGCGCCCUCUGGAUUCCUGAAGUCAGCAUUGGCUGCGUAGAGAAGAUGGAACCAAUCACCAAGAUUUCCAGCAUACCUCAAAGUCGCUGGGCCCUGAUAUGUGUACUGUGUCGAGAGAGAGUUGGUGCUUGCAUACAGUGCUCAAUCAAAACUUGCAAAACAGCCUACCAUGUGACUUGUGCUUUUAAGCACAGUCUGGAGAUGAAGGCAAUUAUUGAGGAUGAGAAUGCAGAUGAUGGUGUGAAGCUCAGGUCUUAUUGCCAGAAACACAGUCUAACAAGCAAGAAGGAAAAGAGUGGCUCUGCUUCUGAGGAUGAAGACUCCAAGAGAAAGAAGAGAAAGGACAUGACAUCUGAAGAAAAGAAUCAAGCACGAGCAGCAAAACUACAAGAAAUUGAAGCUGAAUUUGACAAACAUGUCAGUAUAAAAGACAUUACAUCCCAUAUGGAAGUUGAUGCUGAAGGAAUUCAGUUUAUUUAUAACUACUGGAUCUUAAAGCGAAAGGCUGCAUUCAACAAACCUCUCCUUCCACCUAAGUCUGAAGAUGUUGACAUAUUAUCACGGCAACAGGAGCAGGCAGACUUGGAAAAGAUGAAGAUGUUUGUGCAACUUCGGCAAGAUCUCGAAAGGGUCCGUAAUCUCUGCUACAUGGUAAGUCGACGGGAGAAACUGUCAAGAUCAUUUUUUCGCAUGCGUGAACAGACAUUUCACAAGCAAGUUGCUGUUCUGAGUGAUCCUUCAUGCACUCUGAAGACAAAAGAGAUGGCAGCAGUUCUGGAAGCAAACCAUGCGCCCUCAAUUUAUGACCGUUUGUACUCGCAUCUCCCAUCAUCUGCUACUGUACCAAAUAGAAGCAGCACAUCAGGUGGCUUACAUUUGUCUGAGGGACCAGCAGCUUGUGCUGAUUUUGAAGUUCUUCUGGCAAGAAUUGCAGGCAAUGCAUCACCACCACCACCAGAACGCCCACCAGAUGUUAAUGGUCUACUAGUGAAGAAGACAACACCAACACAGUCUUCUGAAAACCCAUACAAGCGGCUGUACUUCUUUAAUGGUGCCCAGAGGCGACGUGCUGGAAGUGGUCCAUACGGUGCCUCAAGUGGCAGUGAAACAGAAGCGAAGGUGUCAGCAUCUCGGCGGGCGAGUGGUGCCUCCAGUACUGAAGAUGACGACAGGCAACGCCAUAGGAAAGUUCCAGCAGAACGCAAGACUACCAGCAAUCGUACCCGCAAAAGUCUUUCAGUCAGAGAGCGACCGAAGGUUAAAGGCCGCCCCACUUCUAAAGCCUCAGCAGUCACUUCACGUACCGGAACCACACGGGACAGCUCUAGUGAUGAAGAACGGCGACCCGUGCAACCUAGUGAAAGAACACGUGCACGUCAGAGGCGGCACGAAACGGAUACCCCAAAGUCAGCGACACCGUCGGCUUCUGGUUCGGGAUCCGGAGGUUCAGCAUCGGGCUCAGGCUCCGGUUCCAGAUCACCGUCAGCAGGCUCAGGUUCGAGUAGUGACGAAUUGCUUCCAGUGCCUGCCCACUCCCGUGCCCGUGCGCCGGAUAUCUACUCGGAUACAGAUUCGGAUGGAGGUCGGCAACAGGCACACCCCUUGCGCACCAAGGCAGCUGUCAAAGAGUUCUCAUCACAUGCCAAAGCCAGCCGUCCAACACUUGAAAAUGGCACAGAACGUUCAAAGACAGCUACUCCAUCUGUGAACAAAAAAGGGAGCCGUGAGGUAGUUGGUGGAUCUACUUCAGAAGGGACCAUUUCCAAAGGCAAGGAACCUUCCAAAUCUACUACACCAGUAAAGAAGGAAUUUGAUCCUACAGAACUAAUAGUACCUCAAAGGCAAGCAGCCAAGAAAGCAACUGAAAGUAUUCGUUGUUCGCAAGGGAGACCUAAAGAGCAGACUAGUACUGAACAGCAAGACCUUGUUAAGACAUCUCCACCAGUAAUUGAGGAACCCAAGAAUAAACCUAAAACAAAACACAAAGGUAAAGAAAUAAAGGAGUCAAAGUCUGGUAAAGAAGGGAAAACAGGAGAUAUCUAUGAUUUUGAGAAAGAUGUAGGUGAGGCUCAAGAAAUUUUGGCCUAUGUUCCUCAAAGGCAGGCGGCUAAGAAAGCGGCAGCACACAUUAAAAGUGGCAUGACUAAACCAACCACUGAACCUGAAGCAGAUGCUUCAAAGGUGAAGAAGGAGGUUUCAGAUUCAACUAAAGUGAAGAAGGAACAGGAAGGUACAAAAUUCAAGAAGGAUGAAAAUGACAAGCAGAAAAUUGUAAAAAGUGUAGAAAACAAAUUGGUGGAAAGCAAAACUGGGGAAGCAAAACACCUUGAGAGAAGUAAAAGUGUUUCGAAAAGUAGAGAUGCUGUCUCCUCUUCCUCGUCUUCGUCUUCAUCAUCAGAUUCAUCGUGCAGCUCAGAAAGUGAAGAAGACACAGACACAAAACCUAAAGCUCCAUCUAGAAUUGUAAAGAGGGAAAGGAACACUAAAUCUAAUGACAAGAGGAGUUCUUUAGACAGUAUCCCAUCUGUGCAAAAGCAGGGUGAGAGUGGUGUUAAGAAAUCUGCAUCUGUUUCUGAUAAAAAGAAUGUAAGGGAAUCUCUUGAGGACCGGCCCUUUCUCAACAAGGAAGACCAGUCCUCAGAUUCUAUAUCUGGAUCCGGUAGUGGCAGCAGUUCCUCCGGAUCAGCUGACUCAGACAGUGAGGUUGAGACAGAAAAGGCGAAGGACGCAAAGUCUAAUAUCAAGGCCUCACUCAAAGGUGAACAGACUCAAGUCCAUGGCAGUGGAAGAAAUAAUGCAGGCACUGAGCUCACAAUCGGUAGCAGGAAAUUCAAGAAGGCGCCUGACAAGAAGCUUAAAACUUCCGACGGGCGGCCUGAACUUGUAUUUCAGCCGCCGAAUACUGAGACAGAAAAAUCAAGAGCAAAAGGGUCAGAGAUCACAACAGGGACAACCACCACCACCACUACCACCACCAUCACCACCACUACAAGCACCACUGCCACCACAAGCACCACUACCAUCACAAGCACCACCACCACAACCACCUCCAACGCAGCCACCACAACCACCACCACCAUUCCUACUACCACAAGCAGCAGCAGCAGCACCCAGAAAUUUGAAAACAGUAAUAGACUCAGAGAUACUGAUGUCAGGGCAGGAAAUACGCCUGGGAUCUCAUCAGGGUUGGACCAUCCCAUCAAACCAUCCGUUGAAACAAUCUCAUCAAGCGAAGGACCUUGCACCAAGGGUACUUCGCGAGCUUCCGAGUCCACGCCCAUAUCUGCGGCGGUACAGCAGCUCAGUCCUAAAAAGGAACAGUCUAACACGACAACAGAAGCAAGGAAGAGAAAACCAGGAGAUGGGGCUGAAGAUACAGAACUGUACAGUCAAGUUAUCAAUUUGUCCAGCAGCCUUGAAGCACGUUCAGAUGAUACGCUCCAUCAAAAGACCUGCGACGCCUCCACCAAACCUCCGCUCAAGCAAGCUUCGAAAGCAGAAGAAAAACCAUUAGAUACUGAAGUAUCUGAAGAGGGUAAGAAAAAUACCAAAAAGAUUUCCAGUAACGUAAAAAGUACAGAUGACCAGCCAAGCAAGAAAAUUGAACGGGAGUCAUUGGCGAGCAAACUCGAAAGAGAAAUUGCUCAGAGAAAGGCAGAGAGAGAUCCAAUUGGAAGGAAAACAUCAAAAAGUUCUUUAGACAAACUCUUGGAAAAACGGGAUAAAAUUGAAAAACUCUUUGGUUCGAAGGUAGAUGAAGAGUCUGAAAAAGAUACAGAUCAUCCCAUUAAUAAAGAACUUCCGAAAGAACUGCCUGUGAAAAACAAAUCCCCACCAAAAAGUCAAGAGAAGCAUUUACCAAUUAAGGAAGAGAAGUUGGAAACGAAUGUUUCAAAGGAGAAAACUCCCGUCAGAGAAUCUCUAUCAGUGGUCAAAGAAAAGCUUUCUGUAUCACGGGAGACUAAGAAACCGUCACCACGAGAGAUGUCACCUAGAAAUGUAAAUAAAAGUAAGGAAAUCAGUGAUUCAGAGAGCGCAAAGAAAGUUUCAGUUCCUGAUGUUAUUGAAGGAAAAGAGAUAAUAAAUAAAAGCUCUAAAGUGAAUUCUGUCAUUGCAGACAGUAUUGAUAAAAAGCAGAAGAAUGGAGAAAAUGAUUCAGUCAUUAAGAAAGCAGAGAAAGAUCUUUUCACUAAGAAUGGAGAUAAGGAAAUCUUUCCAAAGAAUGAUAACUGCAGUCUGUUAGAGACAGGAGUUACUGAAAUAGGCAUUCCAAGUGUUACAGAAACUGCUGAUGAAGAAAAGGGGAAGAAAAAGUCAAAACAAAUACCCAGAUGUAGGAAGAAAGAAGUGAGUGUUUUGAGUGAUCCUGAUGGCAGUCUGGAAACUAAAAUGAAUGGUCCUAAAGUGGAGCCACUGGAUGCAGCACCUUCGUGUGAAAUAGUACCAGAUGUUAAUGUAACUGAAGUUCAGUGCCUGUCUGAAAUAAAAGAUAUUAAGGGAACACCAGUCACUGUUGAAUCUGUUUCUGAUGUGAUACAUGACAAACCUAAAAAUGAAAGUAAUGUAAUUCAUAAAAAAGAUGUGACGCCAAAAAUUCAAAGUGAAAAGUUAGCAAAAGAAGAGGAAUUGGAUGAAAAACUUAUUUGUAACAAGAAUCAGAACAGUGAUCAUGUGAUAAGAAAUUCAAGUGGUUUUGACUCAUUAGCAACUGUUCAAGCUCCACCUGAAAGGACCUGUAGUUCAGACACAGUUCAAGAUGAUCAAGAAUCAACUGUUGCAAGUGUUCCACCUGUAGAGACACGCAGAAUUUCCUCGAGAACACCAUCUCUAAAUUCUUCUCUUUCCCAGCACCCACAGAGAUCCAUAUUUUCACCCCAACAGCCAUCAAAGGACCCAGGGGUUGCUGAACUGUUUGAUUUUGAGAAUGACAUUUUGGCAGUUGAUGAAACAGCAGAUGAUGGUUUUGGAAUUCCACGUGAUCCAGAUGAGAUGAUGCGGGCUCCAUUAUCUUUCUCUUUUAGUAAUGAAUUUUUGUUCAAGGAAGACUCUAAAGAGGAUAGUGCUCGUGAAACUUUGAACCUUGUGGAAAAAUUGCGUUUGGACUAUGCCAAAAAAUCAACUGCUGGUCAACCAGAAACAGGUUCUGUUGCUGAGUCAACACCUGCACACGUUUCUCGAGAUACUGCGUCACCACGUCCAUUAGCACCACCGCCGCCGCCACCCAUGACACCAGUACCACCACCUCCAACAUCUACUCCAUCUCCACAGCCACAGCAACAGCAACAACCAGCAACAUUACCACCACCUUCAUCACAACCAGUACCGUCUCUACCACCACCUUCACAACCACCGCCAUCAGCUGCACCAGUGCAGCAGCAACAACAACAACAACCGCCUCCACCACCAACACCAGCAGCACCGCCACUACCGCCGCCGCCGCCGCCAUCACCUUUACCACAGCCUCCAUCACUGCCACCACCGCCUCCACCUCCACCACUUACACCUACACCCCACUCAGAUGACUCCUUGAUCUCAGUUGAGAAUACGCAUGGAGUUAAUGUUCAGGAAAUUGAACCAAUAAGUCAAACAUUGCCUCAGCCACAACCUCUCCUUUCUUCACUCCCACCACCACAACCACUUCCUCCUCCACAAACACCGCAAUCCACUUCUGAACUGCAGACAAAUGAUCUCCUCCUCCAGCCACCCACAGAAAACCCUGAUCCUUCUAGAACACAACCACGACCAACUUAUCCUGACAGCUAUGGGUAUGAGUGUCCAGAAGGAGAAACGUCGUUGCCUGGAUGUGAAGGUGCUGGACAUGGAGGACGCGGGGGACCAGGUCCUGGUCAGGCAGAUGAGAGAUGGGUUCCACCCAGUGGGGCUGGCUCCGUGUAUGAGCCUGCACCAUAUGCUGAACUACGGGCACGCUCAAAGUGGUCAGAUUCAGAGAUGAUACCAAACAGGAGAUCAUCAACAUCAUCGCUUACUUCAUCAACGUGCUCAUCACAACGUGAAGACCCGGCAUCAGUCAGUUGUGACAUCCCUGGUGGGGGUGCAGGACGACAUGAUGAACUAUCUGCUCUGAACACUGAUCCUACUGGCAGUGCUUAUGGUCCAUAUCCACCUUGUGCAUUGACGGAUGUACCACCAUUUCGCUACUCAGAAGCUGCACCAUAUGUGGGUCCAGCAUCUGUUGCCCUGUAUCCUACAGCUGCUACUGUACCAUGUGCCUUUUCAUCUCCAGGUCAUGGCACUGGACCAGGACAUGGAGCAGCUGUUUUCCCACCACCGCCACCUCACUCACAUUAUCCCCCAGCUGCUUAUUCAACUCAUCCUCUCCUUCAAACGGUUGCAGGUCCAAAACCACCAGAUGAUGUCCCUCCCAUGGCUCCAUGUGGGGCUGCUUUCACAUCCUCUUCACACAACAUGGCUCUUACUGCAGCCAUGGUUUCACCACCACCACAUACAAGCAGUUACAACGGUACAUACUCUGUGACAUCUCCUGCAGUGAUGCCUGAGGCUCCACUUACCCCAGCAGCAACAUUUGCAUCUCCUGUUGUGCCACCAGCCAUCGCAACAACGGUACCUCCUACUAGCCAGCCGCAGCAGCAGCAGCAACCACCACAGUUACAUGCUCCACCAACACCUGCACCAACACCAACUCCAACGCCUGUUUCUACUCCAGCUCCUGUGCCAACGGCUGUUUCAGAAACAAAGCCUGCUCCUGCAGGAAAGCGAUCCCCUGCAAAACCAACACGGACUUCUGCACGGUUCAUUAGCCAACAGCAACAACAGCAGCAGCAGCAACAACAACAGCAACAAGUGCAGAAAUCACCUGCAGGCAAAUCACCAAGAGAAAGUGGUUCUUCUAGUGCGACUGGACGGCCAGGACGAGGUCGAGGGGAUGGGGGAGGCCGAAGAGGGCGUGGAAACAGCAGAGGGCGAGCUGGGAGUUUCAUUCGUGGAGGACGAGGAUCAAGGGGGCGAGCCCGUUCUCAUCAUCAUUAUCAGGACUCGAGCAUUGCUGCCAGCUGCAACACAAUCCACCAUAAACUGGCCGGCACUGUGUUUGAUCUAGAGUUUGACGAUGAGAGUGGUCCGACAGAGGGUGUGGAAAACCUCCGUGACAUGCGUGAGAGGCGCCGCUCAUCAGACCAUGCUCCUAGUUCGUGUACUACAGGUAGUGGAGUAUCACACCAUGAACGGACUACACCUGCACUUACACCUACACCUGCAGCACCUCCGCCCCCACCACCAGACCGCAAUGUGGUUGCUCCUUUGUUGCCUGGACCUGUAGAUAUGCGUACCUACAGCUCUUCAUACGAAGAUCGGUCAACUUUCCGUGACAAUCUCUUGGGUGCCUUUGCGUCAGAACCAUCUACAGCUGUACCUCAUGUGGCAGCCGAUUUUGAUGAAGAAGUUGAGAACGCAUCAUUUCAUUCAGCACUGUCUGCAAGCCGUACGCCUGCUCCAACACCAAGGCCUUCUGCUGGUACAGUUGCCACUACUGAAUCAGGGAGCACUGGAGAUACAACUGUGGGUGGUGGCAGCGAUACUUCCAGACCAUCUGCGCUCUCUGAUUCACGCAAUCAGCUGAAGGUCAAGAUCAAGGGACCAUUCUUGGACGCAAAUUAUGCAACAUCAACUCCUUUGUCGCGGCCUGCACCAGUGUUGGACUCCUCUGCUUCACUGACUGCUGGUUUGGCUGGUCAGUCUGCUGGUUCUGUACCGCCAGGGUCACAGACUUCUUCAGCUGGAACAUCCAGUUUGCGCCGUAUGCGCAAGAAGGAGCUACUGCGCCAAUAUUGGACCCAAGAGCGCAAUCUGGAUGAACCUGGAGGUGGUGGCCCUGAGCCAGGACCAGAACCUGGUCCUCCUGCCAAUCCACCACAGCGUGCUGUUAUUUCCAUACCAAAAGCUGUUGCAUCCAUGACAUCAAUUCCUACACGUGAAGACUAUAAGGCAGUUGUCGAUGCCGCUGCGAAUAUGGAGCGCAAACGGCGUGGUGGGAAGGGCACGGGAACACCGUUGCAAGGCCCAUACGAUGACAUCAGUAUUGGACCAGGUGCCGACCGUCGCGGUAUAGCCCUUUCUGCUCCUGCCGUUCGACGUCGUGGUCGUCCUCCGAAAGCGCCACCACCUGCGCUUGCUGCAAUAGCCCCUGUUCAGCCUCCCACUCUGCGGAUAAAAAUAGGAUCUGCAGGGAAUGCCGGGGUUGUUUCUGCGGCUACAGCGGCUGGUUCUGACGGUGAGGAGAAACGACUUCGCAUACGCCCACCAAAGAAGAGGUUAGCACCAACUAACAAUGCAGCACCUUCUGUAGAGGAGCUCAAACGAGAAAGCAUGAAGUUCCGACGACGCAUUAUGCAGGACUUCGAUCAAGAAGAGAAGAAGGAAGGCAAGAGGCGACGACAGCAACAGUCACAGCAACCACUUGCCGUUCAUGAGGUCCAUUUGGUGCCUCAAGAAGAUGAGGUAGCACCCAAGAUUGUGAUUCGUAUAAAAAAUCAACGCACGACAGAUGUAACACCAUUGUUACCACAGUUAGAAUCGCGCAAUCCUGGUGAUGUGCCACAGUCAGUACCUGUAGAUCUUACUGAACCUCCAGCAGAUGCAAGUGUCCCUUCUGUAGAGGGAGAUUUGACCAAAACAGUGGAACGAACAGUUCAACCUCCAUCUGCUGCCCCAGCAACAGCCCCCGACCCUCCCGCUCCUCCAGAUGUUCGGACGUCUAAAGUGAGUCCCAUAAGGUUAAAGCUAGCGCGUUGUCAAGAAGGUUAUGUGAUGAAAAGUGCACCAGUGACUUUAACAGAAAAUAGUGAGGGUGGGACUGGCUGUGAAGUAAGGUGAUGAACACUUACACCCGGCCCAGGCAAUGGACCAUGUACGCGGGCACGUGCAUUGGCCACUUUCAGCAUCUGAAGAUUUCCUCCUCCUUUUUUAUUGUUACAAAAGUGUGAGGGAGAAUGGUCAGCUGGUACAUACCAAUAGAUGGAAUACUGAUGUAAGGAUUUAAAGAAAAGUCUUCUACAAAUUCUCUUCUUUGAUAAACUCAUUACUUUAAUCAUUGAGUUGUGCAGCACAACUUUUGUUUCAACUGUGUAUUCCAUUCACACUGUAUUUAUGGAAAUGAAAUUUCAGAUGCUGAAUCUGGUAUGCAGUUUGUUUAUCUUUCAAACAGUUGUGUGCAAGAACAACAUACAUCUGGACUGCACUUUGCCUGUGUGUCGGUGUGUAGAGUUACAUGCGUAGUAUUUAUUGUUAAUGACUUUGUUAAAUAUACUUUUUUUACUUUUUAACGUUGGAUGUGGCAGCAAGGGACAGGUGUGAUAGCUGUGGACCUCUAUCACUUAGUUUGACCCACCGGAGGUGAAAGCUGCCGCGGACUAAAUGGACGGCAUUUUAACAGCUUUCCAGUCCAGUAGUGUUUUGCCAAGUGUUUUAAAUUAAUCUAAAAUCAGAGUUUCCCUUUUGUUUUAUUUCUCAUGUUGUUGGUAUAUAAAAAGAAUGUGUGAUGAGCUAUUUAAACUCUUUUUAGAUUGUCUUGUAUAUUUGCACAGUGUAUAGUCAGCUUUAGUACAGGAAGCAGUUAGUGUACAAAAGUCAAUUACUGAUUUAAGACUUGAUUAAUAUUUUUGUACAUAUAAGUGUUGAAAUGUAUUAUAGCAGUUUAUUUGUAAGUUCAUAUUUUAUUUGAAGUAUAUGGUUUGCAGAAAUUGUUAAAGAAUUAUUUUUUUUAUUUUAUGUACCUUUAAAUUGCUUUUUAUAAAAGUUUACAGUAAACACAUUUUCAAUCACAAGUUUAAUAAGUGAACUGAACAAACUCUCUUUAAAGGGUUGUGACCUGUGCAUUGCCGCCGUAUCGUCAUACUAGAAAAAGAUGUAAGAACAGUGUUGGAACCUAAUUAUUCGUAGGAUGCAAAUGCAUGUAAUGUAGUUUAAAAUGCAUCUCACUUUGCUGAUCUAAAAGUUGCCAUUUUUUUAUCUGAAACUGUGUACCUGUUUCUAGAGUCAAGUGAGAACUUAAGUGUUGUACUCAAUUUUUACAUAAAGAAUGAAAUAGUAGAGGUCUUUAACAGCAAAAGUGCCACGUAUUUGCUGCUAUUAUAUAAAGUGUUUUUAUUCAGGAUUGUUGUAAAAGACAACAUUUUUAGCUCCUGUGAUGGCUUCUAAAAAUAUAUCUUGGCCAAAUGGCUGAGAUUCAGAUUUUAGAAGGUAAAAAGUGUUAACGAGGUCAUGCAGACAUCUUUUGGAUUUGUGUAUGUACCUCAUUCUGCAAUAAUAUAAUAUUUUGUUGUUUUGUGUGUACAAUCAAGGUGCUUAGAAUUCAAAUCUGAUAUCAAAAAGAAUUCAGAGGUAUUUUUAAAAAUUGAUACGUCUCUAAUGAUUCGGGUGCAAUACAUGAUUUUCAUUUGUUAAAACAAAUUAAGUAUUACAGAUGUGAAAGCAUUUUACUAGACCAUACUCUCAAUCUUAAUUGAAAUAGUGCAACCCCAGCAGUAUACUGACUUUUUGUAUUUUAUUUAUAUUUGCGAAUAUGGUGUAAUAUCCAGUCAUUAAUUUAUAACAGUGAGUUUAUAGUAGCAUUAAUCUCUUGAACUCAAAGAAUCACACAGUUGUUACUGGGAGAAACUUUUCCAUUGAAGCACAAGGCACAUAUUUUCUAUUUUAUGACAAAAAUCUACUUCCGUACUCUAUCUCUUUGUGCACUGUAGUAAUAUUAUAUUUUGAGAGUCUGAUACGUGUUUAACAUUUGCAUGAUUUUUAGGCUGUUGAUCUGUUCUUUUGUUCUAAACCAUUGUAAAAGUUAGCCGAUAUUCCUUUUUCCUUCCAAUAUUGUGUAUAGGUUUUGUGAUUGAGAUACAGUGUACAAACCAUAAUUGUUUUGUACAGAGAAUAUUUGUUUUAAUUAUUUUUCUCAUAAUUAUAAAUAAAGGUAUAUGUUGUUGUAAAUAAUGUACAAGUGAUGCUGGUCCUGUAAGAUAUGGUGUUGUAAUGUGCACAUAGUUGCAAUGUGAAAUACAAAUCUUUUUUUAGAAUGAGAAAACGAAUGGUAUGCAUAUUUAAUAUGUUGUCACCACCCUUCUUAAAAUGAACUCAACCUGCCAUCAUUGGUUUUGUGUUUUGCUGUGCAAUAUUACUAAAUAAAAUAUUCUCUGUGCCAGAGAUUAAAAGGCAGUCAUUAAAGGCUGUGCAUUCAGUGAACAAUAGUGAAAGGUAAUAAAGUCUCACUUUCUGAAAGAUAAAUUUAUAUCUCAUCACAUUAAAAUAUAUGUACCUGCCUCAUCAUAAGUAUCAUGUAUGUUUCUUGGUUUUAUUACUUGUCAUCCAUAUUCUGCAGCAUCUCUUAGGUGUACUAUAAGAAACUGACACUCGAGAUUCAUCACAUAUGAAGAACAUUCAUCAGGAUUCAGUUUACCUCAUCAGAAUCACAUUAAUGACUGCUAUAAAUGAAGUGAAUCUGUGAUCUGUAGUAUGUAGGUGUUCACUAGCCUUUUACUAUAGCAUUUAUUAAACAUAGUUAUAUAAAUUUGUACUUUGACAGUGGUGUUGCGCUACCAUUACACUGUAUAAUUCAGAAACUCUUGCAACAGAACACUGAAUAAAUAUCUGAAUUAUAAUGAAACUUCCCUACCUCACAGUUUUUGUUGUUUAUUCGUGAGUUGCUCUCGGAAACAAAUUAGUAGCUAACUUGUUUCUUUGAAGCUUGAAAAUAAGUGAUUUGAGUCUCAUUAUGAUGAUCAUCUAUAUUUUUAUUUGCCCUUUUAAUGAGGGAGGUAUAAUAAUGGAAACUUACUUACCAAUUCUUUUCUCUCUCUCUUUUUUUUACUAUA